AUCAAAAAUCAAGAAAUAAGAAAAAUCAUGGCUGAAUAUGAUGGAACAUCUGAACUAAAGGCUUUCGACGAAACUAAAACAGGCGUUAAAGGACUUGUUGAUGCCGGCAUUACUCAAGUUCCUCGUAUUUUUCAUCAUCAGAAGUUUGAUGAUCAUCGUUACACCAAGAAUAGUACUACUUCAUUGAGUACUAUUCCGAUCAUAGACCUUAAAGAUCUUGAAAAAGGCGAUGUUACGCGAAAAGUGAUAGUUGAAAAAGUUGGCCAAGCUUCAGAAACAUGGGGCUUCUUCCAAAUUAUUAAUCAUGGAAUUGGUGAAAGUGUUUUGGAGGAGAUGAAAGAAGGUGUUCGACGAUUUUUCGAGCAAGAAGAUGAGGUGAAGAAAGAGCUUUAUGCUCGAGAUUACUCAAAGCCAUUGUCCUAUAAUAGCAAUUUUGAUCUUUAUAGUGGUGUUUCAACCAAUUGGAGGGAUACCUUUACUUGUCAUAUUGGUCCUAACCCUCCAAAAUUAGAGGACUUGCCCAUAGUAUUCAGGCAAAUACUUGUGGAGUACUCAAAGCAAGUAAUGAAAGUGGGAAUUUUGUUGUUAGAGCUAUUUUCUGAGGCUCUCGGGUUGAAUCCAAAUCACUUGUAUAACAUAGAUUGCGCGGAAGGAUUAAUCGUUUUAGGCCAUUAUUAUCCGCCAUGUCCACAACCAGAACUAACUAUAGGUGCAACAUCCCAUUGUGACAACUCUUUUUUCACUGUACUUCUUCAAGAUCAAAUCGGCGGUCUCCAAGUUCUAAAUAACGAUCAAUGGAUUGAUGUUUCCCCUCAACAAGGCGCUCUAGUGAUCAAUGUUGGUGAUCUUCUACAGCUCAUAUCAAAUGAUAAAUUCAAAAGUGUUGUGCAUAGAGUUAUGUCAAGCCAUGUUGGACCUAGAGUAUCUAUGGCGAGCUUCUUCACCGGUAUGAAUCCAAUCUCGAAAUUGUAUGGACCCAUUAAAGAGUUACUAUCAGAAAACAAUCCUCCAAUUUACAAGGAAACUACUGUGACUGAUUAUUGCGCUUAUUAUAAUGCGAAAGGACUUGGGGGAAAGACUUCGGCUUUGGAACAUUUCAAGCUUGACAAAGCUGAGAAAUGAUGAAGAAAGGGUGAAAGUGAAGAUUAUAGUGUUAU